AUGCCCGCUUAUAAAAGAGAUGAGGCCGGCUCAGAAGUUCCUCCACCGACUAAUCCAACACAUUCUCAAACCGACGUACCAGAAACCGCCAAAGAGGAGUCUCAAAGUGACGCUCGUGCCCUCAGCCCGGUCCCACCUGCCCAUGGUCCGGAGCUCGAUGAGGUGUCCAAAAACAACCCGCCCGUUCAAGAAAUCCCACCUGCCGAUGGACCAGAAGUCGUCAAAGAGGAUAAUCAGAAUGACGCUCCUGCCCUCGGCUCAACCGGAGAAAUCUCACAGGCUGACCGACCGGAAACCGUGAAAGAGGUUAUCCAAAAUGACGCUCCUGCCCUCGGCUCGACUGGAGAAAUCUCACGGGCUGACGGACCUGAAGCCGACAAAGAGAGCAUCCAAAAUGACGCUCCUGCCCUCGGCUCGACCGGAGAAGUCUCACGGGACGACGGACCGGAAGCUGACAAAGAGGAUAUCCAGAAUGACGCUCCCGCCCUCGGCUUGACCGGUGAAACCUCACGGGCAGACGGACAUGAAGCCGACAAAGAGGAUAUCCAAAAUGACGCUCUUGUCCCCAGCUCGACCGAAGAAAUCUCACGGGCCGACGCCGACAAAGAGGAUAUUCAAAAUGACCCUCCUGCCCUCAGCUCAACCGGAGAAAUCUCACGGGCGGACCGAGCGGAAACCGUCGGAGAGGAUAUCCAAAAUGACGCACCCACCCUCGGCUCGACCGAAGAAAUCUCCCGGCCCGACCGACCGGAAACCAUCGAAGAGGAUAUCCAAAAUGACGCUUCUGCCCUCGGUUCGACCGGAGAAAUCUCACGGGCUGACCGACCGGAAACAGAGGAUAUCCAAAAUGACGCUCCCGCCCUCGGCUCGACCGGAGAAAUCUCACGGGCUGACCGACCGGAAACAGAGGAUAUCCAAAAUGACGCUCCCGCCCUCGGCUCGAUCGGAGAAAUCUCACGGGCCGACGACUCCUCCCCCACCUCCAAACAACUCCACCCUCUCGGAAGCGAUUCCGCACAAACCUCCGCCAAAACGGACGACGACCCGAAGACAACAUAUUCAGAUCCGAAAACUCCAAGACGAGACGCGUUUUGGAAGAAGCUAGGAAUUUUCUUCCCCAAAUUCCGCAAACCAUCACAACAGUCCAAACCGGACGAUGAUGAAAGCGCUGACGAAUUGGGAUCCCCUUCCAGGCUGGAACAGGCAAUCGAGGAAGACAUAAGCUUUACCAAAAUGGGCGAGGAGAUGCUCAAGACAUACCAACAGAAGCUCGAGGAAUUACGUGCUGAUUGCGUGAAGCUCAAGGAUGUGACAAACCCACAAAUGUCCAUGGACGAUAUCUCCAAGUUGAAGGAUGAUAUCUCCAAGUUGAAGAAAGAUCUCAUCAAGCUGAGGCUUCAGAUUCCUCUCAAGCACAGAAAAGCCGAUGCCGAAGGUUAUCUCAAGAAUCUGAAGUUGGACUACAUAGCCAAAGCGAGCACCAGUCAAGAAGUGCUCGAAAAGAUGCAGCUGCACGGGAACUCCAUUUUCGAAAGCAGCCCCGAGUUCAAAGAUUUCGAGUCCCGUUACAACGAGCUCGAGAGCAAGCUGAAGCUUUGCUUGCUGUGCUUUUCGGUUUUCCCUGAAAAAACCGUCAUCAAGAAGAGAAUGAUGGUGCUGUGGUGGAUUGCCGAGGGCUAUGCAUCUGAAAGCAACGCUAACGACUACUUUCUCGAGCUAAUCAACAAGGGUUUUAUCGAGCCUGUGAACGAAAACAAAAGCCUGCACGUGGGUAGUUGCCGAAUGCACCCUUUGUACCGAUCGGCAUUGGGAGUGCUCGCCAAGAGAACCGGGUUCUUGAACUUCGACCCUAAAGGGGAACCCACCCAGAAUUUCGUGAGGUCAUGCCAGGCGUGUUUGGUUGGGGAAGGACUGAUUUCGUAUGACGAUCUGAAAAACGAGUCGAUGAAAGUCGAGAAUUUGGAGAAAGUUCAUCUUCUGAUCAACAUCAAUGAGGCUAUCCUUGAGUUCAAAAAGGACUGGUUUGGGAAGAUGAAAAAUAUCAACUUUCUGUACUUGGGAAGAUGGAGCUCGUUGGACACGGACCACCGGGAAGUCGAGGACACCGUUUUUCUAAAAGAUGAGCUGCAGAACAUGAGUUCUUUGAAGUUUCUCAGCCUUCAGGGGGUCUCGAAUGUGAUCGAUCUCCCUGAUUCAGUUCUGAAGCUGGCGAACCUUGAAAUUCUUGAUAUACGAGCUUGCCCCAACCUCGAGACGAUCCCUAAGAGAAUAUCGCUGCUCAAGUGGUUGACUCACCUGGACAUGUCCGAAUGCUAUUUGCUCGAGCAAAUGCCGAAAGCUCUUUCGACCCUCAAGAACCUGAGAGUUCUUAAAGGGUUCGUCGUGGGCACAGAGCCAGGGAAAAACACGUGCACUCUAGACGAUCUCAAGGAACUGGAAAAGCUGAUCAAAUUGUGCAUCUACACUGGUUUGGAAAACUUCCCCGAUGAGAAAAAUGUCGAAGCUUUGGGAAACUUGACCGGCCUUCUCAAGCUGACGAUUACAUGGGGAGGGAGUGCUUUUAAAAAUAAUAAAGAUGAAGUGAGGCUCGAGAGCAAGAAUAGGGACACAAUGAUGAAAAAAGUGGGGCUUCCUCCAAAUCUUGAGAAACUCGAUCUCAGGUAUUUUCCCACGUCGAUUACUCCGUUUUGGCUGGAGCUUAAGAGUAUGAAGGAACUGCAGAAACUGAGGAGGCUUUACAUCAGGGCUGGGAGAUUUUCCGAUAUUGGUCAGUAUCAGGACAACUAUGAUUGGAACUGGCCGCUCGAGAAGGACACGUGGAAGGUGGAGGAGCUUCGUCUUAGGUAUUUGCCUGAGAUAGAGAUGGAGUGGAGACAGUUACAGGAAUUGUUUCCUAAUUUGAUUUACCUCGAGCAAGUUGGCUGCCCGAAGCUUACUUUGUUCCCCUGUGAUGCAAAUGGGGUGUGGAUGAAGAAAAAAAUUGAAUAA